AUGGGAAUGGUUACAGGCUUUCUCUCGCGAAACAUCUGUCACGCGGCCUGGUCUGGCAAGACGAUUCAGUAUAUAAGCGACCACAUCACAGAGUCGUUGGAACAAAAACCCAAUCUUGUCCUCCUACACGCUGGGACAAAUGACAUGGAUCUACGACCGUCGAUCUCGAAAGAAGGAAACGACCCCAAAGAUGCUGCCACUCGUCUCGGCGACCUCAUCGACAAGAUUGUUAGGUACUGCCCGGAUGCAGUAGUCCUCGUCGCGAUACCUUUGGCAUCCUGUGACACAGAGAAACCCAAGAUGCCUAUUUACAGAGCCCUGAUCCCUGGACUUGUACGACAGCGACGAAAGGAUGGUGAUCAUGUUAUUGCCGUGGAUUUCAGCACAUUUGAUCUGGGCGAGUUGAGAGACUGCUUGCAUCCUACAAAUGAAGGUUAUAGUAUCAUGGGGGACUAUUGGUAUGACUUUAUAACGCAGGUGCCAAAGGGAUGGAUCAAGGAGCCUAUUGGCGAUGACCCAAAACGGGAAGAGAAUGGGGCUGGAAGACGAAUCCUGCCAGACAAGAUGUCCAUUUUGAGUGUUGCUUUGUACUGGGGUGUGUCUACAUAG